CUACAACUGUUUUAAUAAAGUCCGUAAUUUUAUGUGUGACCUAGGAGGAGCACAAACACUGGUCUGUAACAUUGUGAUGUAUGGCCUGUUGCAAAAAGUAGUUCAAAUUCUUCCAGACCAGGCGUUGCAAGUACUUCUUCCGAGUGAGUCUGAUGUUGGCGUCUACAAUUGCACUGCUAUCAACCCAAUUGGUUUAGACUCGCGCUCAUCCAUCGUUGCUGUUACAGGGAAGCCAAUAAUUAAAAUGUCCAGCCAUGACUUGGUGAAUAUUAAUUCAACAUCUGUCAGUGUGGACGUGGGCAGUGUUGUGAUAGCAAGGCUAGGAACCAAUAUCACAAUAAAGUGCCAAGUCGAUGGUUUUCCCAAACCCUCUGUCAGCUGGACAAAGGAACUGGUGCCUCUUGGUGCAAACGUUCAGCUUCUCCCAGAUGGAUCUCUCUCAAUAAUCAAAGCCAGUCCAGCCAACCAAGGGUUAUAUUCUUGUGAGGCGCUGAAUGUGCAAGGCCAGGCAACAGCAGCAACCAAUCUGAUUUUACAUGAACCCCCAAGAGUCUUCCCAGAAUUUAAAGACUUGAUGCUGAAGUUAGGGCUUACAGGGUAUGAAUUUCAUGCUGUUCUUGCCUCUAGUCCUGGGAGCAAAGUAUUUCUGAGUGCUGGAAACAAUGUUCUGAUUGGUUGUCCUGUUAGCGGAUUUCCGAAGCCCAUCAUCAGUUGGUCACACAAUGGCAAACCCAUAAAUGGGGCAUCAAGUCCAGGCCAAGUCCUAGCUUUACAACAGAUCCUUCAAAUAACAAAUAUCACAAAAGGUCUCCAAGGAGAUUACAGCUGUCGUGCUCAGAAUGAAGCUGGAACUCUCAUAUUAAAGUUGACAGUGGAGAUAGCAGAGUACAAGUGGCUAAUUGGUGGCAUGUUACCAUGCUCAGCGCCGUGUGGAAAUAAAGGCCUGAAGCUCCCAAUGCUAAAGUGUCUGCAGAACAAUGAAACUGAGGUUCACAAGUCUUACUGCAAGGGCAGGCCUCUCCCACACUUCCAGCCCAUUAAAUGUAACAUAAAGGAUUGUCCUCCAAGGUGGACUGUGACCAGCUGGUCCCCUUGUUCCCAGCUCUGUGGGGGAGGAACACAGAAGCGGCUGGUCAGUUGUCAGAAGGUGACAGCAGGAGGAAUACUUAUCAAUCAGUCGCCUAGCUUCUGUGCUCAGUCGGGAAAGAAACCACCAGAUAACCAGACCUGUGACAAGCAACUGUGCUCACAAUGGGUUACAUCGAACUGGAGCCAGUGCAAUAGCCAGUGUGUGGGGCUGAGGCUUGGCACCCAGUAUCGCCAUGUUGUCUGCCAGGCACAGAAUGGGUCCAGGUUACCUUCUCAGCAUUGCAGCGGGAGCAUAAGACCAGCCAGCAAACGAAACUGUACCUCAGAUGUCUGCACAGUCCAGUGGCGGAGUAGUUCCUGGACGCCUUGUACAUCUUCCUGUGGGAAUUACGGAUUCCAGUCCAGGCGGGUCGAGUGUGUGCAUUUACGCACAAACAGGCAAGCAAGAGAGCAGCUCUGCUUGUGGAAGCAGAGGCCAGUGAACUGGCAGAGGUGCAACAUCAUCCCAUGUGAAAAAUCGGAAUGCAGAGACACAACCCGAUACUGUGAAAUGGUAAAGCGACUAAGACUCUGUCUCUUGCCUCAGUACAAACUACGCUGUUGUGAAUCCUGCAGUGGGAUCUGACGAUGGCGCCACCUUACAACUCCUUUGAAGCAAUGAAGCGACGGGCAGAACAGACUUGAACUUGUUUCAUUGUUUUGAAAUUUCAGAAGUGCUGCUUGUGCUUUUAUUUCUGAAGGACAGAUGAUGAUUGAAGAGUGUGUCGGCAUUUGAAUAGACAAGAAUCUGUCUGCUGCCAAUACAGCUGUUACAGUUUAUUUAGACACACUGUACAUUCCUUUAUUGCCUUUUGAGUAAGUGCUUUUGUUGCACUGACGAUGACGCUGGACAACAGCACCUGUAUGACUUUGAGAAAGAUAUUCACCACCUUCUUUAAUUUUCCUCUCACUGCCCAAGGGAAAUGUAUUAACAUUCUGCUUGGGCUGUUUGGUAGGAAUUUCUGCUCAGGCCUUUUGUGGAAUUGUGCAAAGAAACCCAACUAUAUUAUAGAAAGACACUGGCUAGGUACAAUAGGAGUAAAAGGACCAAAAGGUAACUCAUGGUAUUGAGCUGCACUGGGAAAGAAAUCCAGCAUUUUGGAGAGAAAGAGAGAAGGCAAUGGCUUAUUACUUCCUUUUUACACCUGUCACAGAUCUUACCAAAUAAUGAAGUAUUUCUUCAUGGCAAUUUUUGAUCAUGGAUCCCGAUCCUCUUAAGGUUAGAAGUGAAAUAUAUUUUAACGUCAAACAGUACUGCAUAGGAACAGGCCUUUAGGCCCGCAAUGUUGUGCUGAAGCAGCUAGAAAGCAAAUCAAAAACAUUCAAACACUAAUCCCUCCUGCCUACACCAUGUCCAUAUCCCUCCAUGUGCCUAUCCAGACAUCUCUUAAAAGCCUCAAAUGUACCACCAUACCAGGCAGCAAUUCUAGGCAUCCACCAGUCUCUGAGUAAAAAUACUUACCCCUCACAUCCCCCUUGAACCUACUCCCUCUCACCCUCAAUGCACCCUCUGGAGUUGGACAUUUCCACCCUGGGAAACAGAUACUUCCUGUCCACUCUAUCUAUGCCUUUCAUGAUUUUGGAAACCUCUAUCAGAUCUCCGGUGCUCCAGAGAGAAAAAAACAAGUUUAUCCAGCACCUUGUGACAGCACAUGCCCUCUAAACCAGGCAGCAUCCUGGUAAGUCUCUUCGACACUGUCUCUAUCCUUCCUAUAGUGGGGCGACCGGAACUGUAUGCAAUACUCCAGACAUGAGAAAGUCUGCAGAUGCUGGAAAUCCAAGCAACACACACAAAAUGCUGGAAGAACUCAGCAGGCCAGGCAGCAUCUAUGGAAAAGGGUAAACUCUUCCUCCAGCAUUUUGAGUGCAGUUUUAUAAGUUGUAACAUAACUUCUUGACUUUCGAGCUUAAUUCCCUGAUUAAUAAAAGCAAGCAUUUCAUAAGCCUUUUUAACCACCCUAUCGACUUGUGUAUCCACUCUUAAGGAGCUUGGAUUCAACUACACUGAACUAUGCAACACUGAAAGCAGGUCAAACUUGUGGAAAAAUCCAAAAUUUCAGAAUAGCAUAUACAAACUCAAAGGAAUAAUGGCAAAAAGUUGUGAAAACUAAACAUUCAAUGACUAAAAGGCAAGUGGGAGGAACAGCGAGUGCAGAAAGCACCAACAUCUGUCCCUCCACCUCAAGAACACGUGGCAUGCCUCAGCAGUCAAUGGGAAAGUUAAAAAACAUUUUGACAAUAAACUGCGUUCCACCCAGAGUUUUAACAAAAUAGCCCUGCUAUCGCUGGUUAAGUUCAAAUGAUUUCAUUGAAUUAAUUUCCCUCAUUGUUCCCAUCUUUUCUGUUUUUAUUUCAAUACUCUACAUCAGAUACUGUUGUAGCACCUGAUUUUGCUCUGGUCAGCUAUAUUAAAAUGUUCGCACUUAUUUAUCUGAGCCGAUCUCUUGUCCUUUAUCAUUUUACCUCCAGUUUCUGCUUUUCAUUGCCUGAUCAUUUUCCAGCCAACCAAGACUGCAGGCAAAUGGCAUUAGGGGCUCAGAGACAGCUCACCACAACCCAUGGCUGAGCCACAACUUCACUUCCAGUAGUCCACAACAAUUCAGAGCACCAAUGUUCAAAACUGAAAAUAAAUGAAACCCUUCCUGCCCCCCCCCCCCCAAAAAAUGUACUCUGGGGAAAAUGGUGGAAAAUUCUGAAUUAUACACCAGCUUCUAAGUAGCUGGAUUUUUAAUACACUUUAUGAUGAAAAUAUAUUUGCAUAUUCUUGUCAACACAGAGAUCUCCCCAAGCCACAAACUGUUUCAACUAAAAGUCAGUGCUAAUAUCUGCAGUGGUAUAAGAGUGACCCAGGAAGGUUGUCCUUGAUUCUCUACAAGGAAGUCUUCUAUUUUCACUCAUCACUUGGUGGCAGAAUAGGAACUCAAUAUUGUGAAAGCAUCACUUCAUUGAGCAGUAAAAUGCAUCACAUUAUUAUCACAUCUGUCCUCAUUGAGAUAGAUUUACAGUCUUUAUAGAUGAUCAAAUGUCUCGACUAAUAAUGCAAGCUGGAUGAAUGGUUUCUGACUCCAUGUUAUGCUCUCUUUCUUCUUGAAAAAUAUAGGCACUUUGAAAUGUUUUAAAAACACUGUGCCCUUUAUCUAAUCAGUGUAAUUCACAAGCAGAUUUACAGUUAUUGUGAGACUGCUCAUUUCAGCAUUAUUUUCAUGUGUCCAAGAUUAGGAUAUCAGUUGUAUGACCUGUUAAAAAUACUGCUUCUUACAAUCAUGUGCCAGGCCAGUUACUGUAGUCUGUAGAGCAAUUAUUAUCAUCCCUUUCCACACCUGGAAGAGUAGCUCUUAUUUCAGCUAUGUGUGUCUGUUGUCUAAGCUAGCUAGCUGUUUAAAUGUAUGUAUAAUUUAAAAUCAGACCUUUGUAAAAUAAGCUUUGUAACUAUUUAUUAGAAAGUCUUGUUGACAAUGUGCAAUAUGCUUUAAUUCUAUGUUACUUUGUCUAGAAAAUACUACUUUUGUGGAACUUUCGUUGUCUUAUCACCAAAGCCUUUUCUGUUACUUGCUGGAAAAUUUGUAUUUUUCAUUUUAAUAGCACUUCCAAUGAGUACCUUUGCAAUCUUUGUUUAAUGUUUCACUGCUGAAGUUUCAUAUGUAAUAUAUUCUCAAUGUAUUGGGCUGUUAUUUUUCUAUUUUCUUUCUAUUGAUAACUGGUUCGCCAGACUUGUCAUGUGCAUAAUCCCAUGUUUCCUCUAGGGCAAAUAUUUACUCAUCAGAAACAGUAUACCGAGGGAACAUUACUUGGUAUUAUGGAAGAAUUUGUUCAUUUGAUUAAAUGAUAUUGGAUUUCAUUGGAGCAGGUCUUACUCCAUGACCAACUUUAGAGGAAACAUGGAUUAGGUAUCUCACUGAUAAUGACUUAUGUUCCUGAGUUCAAAUCUGGGUCACAGGUGCCGUUACAGCUUCCAGAUCAGUUGACUGAAUUCCUUGUGAAUGUACUUUAGUCUUAUCCUGUGACAAGGACCCAGUGACACUUCUCUAAUGUCAGUGUUGCUGGAUAAAGUCUGAGAUUGCAUUCAAGAAGCCUAUUUAUGUUUUUUUUGUACUAAGCCUACUUGAGAUCAAAUUUAUUAAAUGUACAAUGUUUCAUUUUGUGCUUUUCCAAUACUAAAAACACACAUGUUUAAUCAGC